CUGCACGACCGCGAGCCCGAGCCGCCCUCGAGGCUGCGCUCGUGCCGCUGGAGCAGGCGCGCGCUGCACCGGGCUCAUGGGUCGACCGUGAGCGUGCUGCGCGGCCAGCCUUACAGCUGGCGGUGGGUGGCGGACGAGUCCCAGGUGGCCUUCGGCGUGACCGGUACUGCUGGCGACCAGGGGGGCUCCGUGGUGGACGUGGCGCCUGGGGUGUGGCAGCUGCCCGAGGAGGUCCUCGCGGGUGCCUUCAGUGAUGGGUUCCUUGCGGGCGUGCGCCUGGCACCUCAGCUCCAGGCCGCGGAGAAGGAGGAGCUGCAGCACGACGUGGGCCAGGAGAACGAGCAGGUCUCCCUGCUGAUCCAGGUGUGGGCCGCCUCUUCGAUGCUCAUCCUGGUCCCGGAGUUG